AUGAGCGUUUCCGACGGGCAUCCUUCGACCCUGACUCGAACCGGGGACCUGGCAAGUUCUCCGCGUUACAGUCAGUCACUCUUUCCCCCCGAUCUCCUCCUCAACAAUCACGUUUCUCCUCUUAAGCAUCGCGUGCUUUAUUUCACCGUGAAACCCACUGUCCUAAUUAUUCGGUUCACAAAACAAUCGCCGAGUAUUUGGAUCGAAAACACCAAUAAAUGGCGGGGAAUUCGAACUUGGACCUCCAGACUCAAACGUCCCCGCUCCAAGCAGGUGAUUCGCCGCGUCCAAGACAAGCAGCUUGUCUCGUGUGUCGUCGAUCAAAGAUCAAAUGCGAUUGGAAGGAGAAUCAGGAAAGAUGCAGAAGAUGUAUCCAGCUUGACUGCGAGUGUGUACGGCCUGCAUAUCAUCCAGGUCGUCAAAAGGGCAUUAAAAAGCUUGGACAAAGCGCUGUACCAAAUUGACCAAGCCGUCAAACGCGCUCGCUCAACGUCACAAAAGAAUCCCGAAGAUGAUAGGAUUCUAUCGCAUUUGCAAGAUUUAUUGAGUGGCGCGAAUUCUCCUGAUGCCCCGCAGACACGAUACAGUGCUAGUGGCGAUGGUGAUGAGGACGCCUACUCGGAGGAGGAAGAGGAGCAGGAGCAGGAUCCUGUGGUGAUGCCAGAGUUUAUUCAACGAACACAGCAGAGUCUCGCGAUUGAUGAUGCGGAAAAUCCGUUGCAGCUUCUUGCGAGGGCGUCCUACAUCCAACCGUCACCAGAGUCGCGACAUGGGAAUUCACCUCUGCAGGCGCAUACCGCGAGUACCACUGGUCAAACGGAGGAUGAAAUACAGGCAUUCUUUGCGCCGGCACAGGCACAUUUAGAUGUUGGAUCUGAUGUCGACCCUGUCACUUUGGGCCUUGUGUCGGAAGAUGAAGCAGACAAGCUAUUUCACUUCUUUCAUCGCAAUCUUGCGCACACUCGAUGGGGUCUCGAUCCAAGGAUAUACACUGUCGAAUUCACUCGCUCAAGAUCCGCCUUCUUAUACACAUCCAUCAUGGCCGCAUCAGCUCUCUUCAUGCCAUCCGCAGCAGCCCUUUCAAAACGACUCUCGAACCACGUCAGGACCCUCGCGCACAAAGUUGUAGUGAAACGCUAUAGGUCUGUUGAGAUUGUUCUUGCAUUCAUGGUGAAUAUUCCAUGGAUGUUCCCCGGACAGCAUUCUACCGACGAUGAAACCUGCACCUACAUCUCCAUCGCGAACACUGUCGCCACCGAUUUGUCCCUUCACAAAAGUCUUGUAUCGCCGGAAAUGCUAGGCUCAGGUUCGGAUAUCGGCUUGGCGAGAGGUGAUUGUCUUGAUCCAAGAGCAGCACUAGCAAUGGACGGUUUUCCAGAACUUGACCCGUGGUCUGAAAAAGGACGGCUGUUUCUCAGGAAUCGAGAAAGAUGUUGGCUCUCAUUAUUUGUGUUGGAAAGAGGAAUGUCGCUUGCUAGAGGACGACCAUUUUCUGUGCCAAUGACACGGUCGCUAAAAGACUGUGACAACUGGCACCUAUCUGAAUUUGCGGAUCCUCUUGACGGACACCUUGUUUCUAUGGCUGUUCUGAGACGGAAUUUGGACGGACUGUUUGCCGCUGUGAGAGGUCUUUGUGAUGGCUCACAGAUGCCUUCCAGCGACGGUUCAUUGAUUGCACAAUCAAUCCAAGGAUCAAUCGAACGCUUCUUCGAUCAGUGGUAUACCGAUUGGGGCGUCUCUAUCGGCAAAGGACCAGACCGCCGUCUCCCUCCAUACGUUGAAAUUCUCGUCACCCACACCCGUCUUUCCAUCUACGGUGGUGUGAUAAACCAUCCUACAGCUCCUCUCGAAGUCCGUCGUUUCUUCCACACAGCCGGUCUCUCCUCGGCUCUCAACGUCAUGCGCGCCGCGAUACAAGGAGAAUCUCAACUUCAGUCCAUGCCGAACAACACCGCGAUCAUGAUUUCCUUUGCGGCCUGUUUCGCUCUGACACUAAGUUCCUACGCGACUGGCGGUUCUGCUCUGGCUCCUAGUGUCAGAAACCUCAUCGACGAAACCGCCACCGUUCUCGAAAGAAUCGGAAAAGUAACACGACAUCGAAACGGUCUUUCCAUCAAAUACGGAAAAUACCUUAAGCAAAUUGUUAGGAGAGCAGCUACCGGAGACGGCAUAUCUGAUCCUAGAAUGCCAAUCGUUAAUGAAGCGCCCAUGACGACGCCCACCUUUUUAGAUCAGCAAGCUCUAUGGCCGGAACCGAUACACUUCUCUGCCAUGUCAGAUGAUCAAAUCGUUCAAGCUCUGAACCAGCCUGGUAACGAUUUCGAGCCUUCAUUUGGUGGACUCUCAUGGGAUGACAUGACGAAUUUCGAAUGGCUUUAUUGGCCUGAAGUUGGUAUAUAA